UCGGCUGCCUCAAAGGAGGGAAACUUGAGCCCCAAAGGGGCUACAAAGGUAGGACUUCCUACCUAAUCCACUCUCUAAGUCUCCUUUUUAUUAUAUAAAAGACUAAGGUUUUACACCUUUUUGUUAAAAAAAAAAUUUACUUUUGAAGGGUAGAUUUACUGGUUUCUGGAGAAACAAAACAAGGCUGCCUGGACAGUUUCAGACAGUACAGACUCACUACAUGGUUUGAGAAAUGGCUGUAGGCAACCACACGCAACGCAGUUACUCCAUCAUCCCAUGUUUUAUAUUUGUUGAGCUUGUCAUCAUGGCUGGGACAGUGCUGCUUGCCUACUACUUCGAAUGCACUGACACUUUUCAGGUGCAUAUCCAAGGAUUCUUCUGUCAGGAUGGAGACUUAAUGAAGCCUUACCCAGGGACGGAGGAAGAAAGCUUCAUCACUCCUCUGGUGCUCUAUUGCGUGCUGGCUGCCACUCCAACUGCUAUUAUAUUUAUUGGUGAAAUAUCCAUGUAUUUCAUAAAGUCAACAAGGGAAUCCUUGAUUGCUGAGGAGAAAACAAUUCUUACAGGGGAAUGCUGUUAUCUGAACCCCUUACUCCGAAGGAUCAUCAGAUUCAUAGGGGUGUUUGCAUUUGGCCUUUUUGCUACCGACAUUUUUGUAAACGCCGGGCAAGUGGUCACUGGUCACCUCACGCCCUACUUCCUGACAGUGUGCCAGCCAAACUAUACCAGUACAGACUGCCGGGCACACCACCAGUUCAUCAGCAAUGGCAACAUCUGCACUGGGGACCUGGAAGUGAUUGAACAGGCACGGAGGUCCUUCCCCUCCAAGCACGCUGCUCUGAGCAUCUACUCCGCUUUAUACGCCACGAUGUACAUCACAAGCACAAUCAAGACCAAGAGCAGUCGGCUGGCCAAGCCAGUGCUGUGUUUGGGGACCCUCUGUACAGCCUUCCUGACGGGUCUCAACCGGGUCUCAGAGUACCGGAACCAUUGUUCUGAUGUGAUCGCUGGCUUCGUCCUGGGCACUGCAGUGGCUCUGUUCCUGGGAAUGUGUGUGGUUCAUAACUUUAAAGGAACGCAAGGCUCGCCUUCCAAACCCAAGCCUGAGGAUCCCCGUGGCGUGCCCUUGAUGGCUUUCCCAAGGAUAGAGAGCCCUCUGGAAACCCUAAGUGCACAGAAUCACUCGGCCUCCAUGACGGAAGUAACCUGAGAUGAAUGAAGAGAAGCAGCUGUAUUUGGUUUCUUUCUUUUUUUUCAACAACCUUCCAGUUCACUACUUCAGAACACACAGUGACUCAGUCAAACUGUGAAGACAAGUAUUAUGUUUAUCUAGUUAGAAGUUAAUGUUUUGUACAUUUUUUGUAUUAAAAAGUGAUGUAGCUUGCCCUGAUCUUUUUUUUUGUCAGCUUUAAUAUAUUUAUGCCAGAAUUUUAAAACCAACAAAGUUUUUCUCUCGUUCAAGUGUGCAUUGAAGAAUCACAUAUAUUCAAUGGUUGAUGUUGUUUUGUGAUAUUUGUACACAAAUCUUUUCUCAGUUUUAUAGACAGAAAUAAAGUGAGCGACCCACUUUUAACCUUUAUUACCACAGUUGCUGCCUCCUCCAGAACCUCUGAAUUUUAAUGAGAGUUAAACUUUUGAGUGACAGGAAGGACCAUGGUGGUUAAUUAUAAAUUUCAAAAUCAAUCAUGGAGGGAAAAUAUUUGGCGAGAACAGCAUGUUCUGUUCUGUUCUGUUAAUAGUUUUUUGCGUUCCAAGUUAAAGUGACUGCGGCAUACUAGUGAAGAUUUACCUACUUUACCAACUAAUACUUAGUUUACCAACUAAUGACACAGACGCCAAUA